UCUUCUUCGACACAGGAAACAAUAGUUGGUUUUGGUGACGCUGCAUUAGAAGUGCAAGACAUGAACCGGUCUAGGCUGCCCGGGUUGUUCCUCCUCAGUCUGGCUCUGGCUGGAACUCAGUCGCUGACUCCGUCGUACCACCUGUCCCUGUCGGAUGUGGGCCGACUUCACAACCUCCUGAGCCGGCCCUUCACCGACCUACAGUCUGCCUACUACAGUGUUGUUGGCCUCACCAAACUAGGAGCUGUUGUUCCCGACCACCAAGAAGUGUGUCAGUUCCUGAAAUCUCAGCUCAACCCCAGUAAUAUUGAGUCCCUCUUCUUCUCUGCUGAAACCAGUAAAGCCAUUUCAGGAUGUGAGAUCCCUGUGUCCAAUGAAACCCGGGACAUCCUUCUGGCAGCAGUCAGUGAGGAUUCAUCCAUGGCCCUGAUCCAUCAGGCUGUGGGGGCUCUUAGCUCUCUGGGGCUCCCUCUUGCUUCUCAGGAAGUCGUCAGUGCCCUUACAGCUCGCAUCAACAAGGAGGAGAACGUCAUGGCGACCAUCUUGGCUCUGCAGACUGCAUCUCGUCUAUCCCAGCAGGCAGAACUGGGUAGGAUUCUAGAGGAAAUUGAGGAUCUUACGGCUCGCUUGGAUGAUCUUGGUGGCAUUUAUCUGCAGUUUGAAGAAGGACUCGAGGCAACCGCUCUGUUUGUGACGGCUGCUUAUGCCUUAUCGGAUCAUGUGGAUAUAGAGCCCCCACUAAAGGAGGACCAGGUCAUCCAGCUGGUCAAUUCCGUCUUCAGCAAGAAGUCCUGGGACUCUCUGGCUGAGGCCUUCAGUGUAGCAGGUGCUGCUGCUGCUCUGUCCAGCAACCGCUUCCACAUACCAGUCAUGGUGAGCGCUCUGGGCCCAGCCACAGUGUCCCACAGCCAGCCCACUCUGCAGCUCCUCAUUACAGAUGUCAUGUCUCAGCCUCUGACCUCGGCCAACGUGCACGUGGAGUCUGCUUACGCUGUGGCUUCGAAGAGUGCCGUCCUCAGCCAAACACCUUUCACCCUUAAUGAUGGUGUCUUUGAACUGAACUUCAUGUCCGACCAGCCAGCCAGUGGAUACUACCAGUUCACGGUAGCUGUGACUGGGGACAGUCGACUGGUGGCCAAUCAUGUUGAGCUUAAAGUGAAAGUGUCCACAGAGGUGGCUGUGACCAACAUGGACCUUUCUGUGGUGGAUAAAGACCAGAGCAUCGGCACCAAGACCACCAGGGUAGAUUAUCCCUCAAAGGCCAAGAGCUCCUUCACCGCAGACAGCCACCAGAACUUUGCCAUGUCCUUCCAGCUGGUCGACGUCAACACCAAACAGGAGCUCACGCCUCAUCAGACCUUUGUCCGGCUCCAUAAUCAGAAAACGGGUCAGGAGGUCGUGUUUGUGGCUGAGCCGGACAGCAAGAACCUCUACAAGUUUGAGUUGGACACGGCCGAACGGAAGUCUGAGUUCGACUCAAUGUCUGGUACUUACUCCCUCUACCUGAUUGUGGGGGAUGCCACCUUGGACAAUCCCAUCCUGUGGAACGUGGCUGAUGUUGUUCUCAAGUUUGUGGAUGAAGAAGCUCCAGUUGCUGCUCAGCCCAAGACCCUUUAUGUCCCCAAACCAGAGAUCCAGCACUUGUUCAGGGAACCAGAAAAGAAGCCUCCCACUGUGGUGUCCAACACAUUCACUGCUCUCAUCCUGUCUCCCUUCCUGCUUCUGCUCAUUCUGUGGUUUAAGCUCGGAGCCAACAUCUCCAAUUUCAGCUUUUCUCCGAGCACUAUUCUCUUCCAUUUGGGACAUGCAGCUAUGCUCGGCCUGAUGUACGUCUACUGGACCCACCUGAACAUGUUUCAGACGAUGAAGUACCUGGCAUUCAUUGGAGGUGUAACUUUCCUUGCUGGGAACCGCAUGCUAGCCCAGAAAGCAGUGAAGAGGAUUGCUGCAGAGCAAAGUAGUAGGUUGGCAAAGUAUAGGAGCCUUCGGUAAACCUUCCUCUUUUGUAACGAAUGAUGGAGAAAAAAUGAGGGCGAAUCGUUAAAAGAAGACCCCGACAACACUCGUUUUUUAUUAAACAAGACAGAAACAAACAACUAUUAAAAUUGGUGUGAACAUUGAAGAAUCCAACCAACAAGGUGAACACGCAGUAGGUCUGUCCAGAUGGAAGAAGACUGGAUGAACAGAUUCUUCUGCUGAGGACAUCAAACUACUGAUCCUGCGAGAUUUUUUUUUCUUUGUUUUUUGGUUCAACAUGUUAAAGUUUAUCGUUUCUUGAAGAGAUUUUUGGGUUUGUCCUUUUUAUGUACAUUCUGUUUUGUUUUAGCUCAGUGCCCAUCACCUCCUAAAUAAUGGAUGUUUUCAGCUGAUGAUAGAGUUGGCUGCAGCACUGACACUUGGAUCAUGAACGAUGCCAUUACGCUCGCCUGUGUUGCUCUAUUUGAUACAGAACAUGUCCUCCACAGAAUUUGGUAAUAAAACACAGGCACUUUCAGAAUGUGAUGUUUUUGUAACGAUGUGGGGAAAAUAAAGACGCUGAGGUGAA